UUGGUUCUUUAUAAAUAUAUGCAUAUAAAUAGGUAUUCAUGUAUUCACAACUUCACAUACUCUUGUACAAAUAUACUAGCUUGAAUCCCGGAUAAACACUGCAUGGGUGCGUGCCAAGUGGGAUAUUAGCUAAGUAGGGAAGCUGUGCAUCGUAAUAUUAGAGAAGUAUCUGCUACAGGUGACAAUAAUUUGACACAGUAAACCACAAUACACACGAACACUCCAUAGGUGCCUGUGAAGGAGGUCGUCGGACACAUACCCGUUUAGUACAAGAUAUUAUCAACGCUAUAUCAGAGACUAUCCUGCAACGUUUAGCAAACUCGACAUAUAGUCAAACAAAUAAACAAGUUUUCUGCUUACCACAAGCACACACAUUGAGUACGAGGGCUCGCAUCGCUAACUUCGGAGAAAACCCUAUCACAGGUUAUAACACACUUGACUCGAGUCCAAACGCAAUACACAAGGUCUCAUCACAAUCAUGUCACCAGCUACGACCAAAGCAGUAAAGACUCUUGAGUCCGCUGAUACCAGUAGAUACGGUCGCCAACUAGUUUUACCGGAGAUUGGCCCCACAGGGCAGCGGAAUUUACUCAAUUCGUCAGUGCUCAUUGUUGGUGCCGGUGGGCUGGGUUCUCCUAUUGCGCUUUACCUGGCCGGUGUUGGUAUUGGGCGCAUGGGGAUUAUGGACGACGAUGUGGUGGAGCUGAGCAAUCUGCAGCGCCAGGUGAUACAUUCCAUGGAGCGGUUGGGCAUGCCCAAAACCGACUCAGCUGUUAAGUCCUGCAGGCUAUUGAAUGAUCGUAUUCGGUGCGAUGGUAUGAACGAGCGGUUGACGGCGACGAAUGCGAUGGCUAUUAUAUCUGAUUAUGACAUUAUAGUGGACGCGACUGACAGUGUGGACACGCGGUAUCUGCUGAACGACGCCUGCGUGCUGCUGAGCAAGCCCUUGGUGGCGGCUAGUGCCGUCAGACUGGAUGGUCAGAUAUCUACCUACAAUCACCAAGGGUCUCCAUGUUAUCGUUGUGUCUUCCCCAACGCUCCCGUAGCCGACGCCGUCACGUCCUGUGCGGAAUCCGGUGUAUUGGGAGUGGUUCCUGGCAUCAUUGGAUGUCUACAAGCGUUGGAGGUGACGAAGAUAGCAGCAGGCUUGCCAGCGUCCUAUACCGGUAAGCUAGUGCUCUUCGAUGCAAUGUCCGCGUCGUUUCAAAACAUUAAGAUAUCGAAGUCGGAGGCUUGUAUAGGAUUCGCAUGUGUGCCGAGGGACGGGCCGAGACGAUCAUAUAGUGGAGUGCAGCUUUCAACAUGUGGACCUGAGGCCACUCUACGCGAAUUGAUUGACACGGAUUCUUCGUGUGCAAGAACACCUCUUGCGACACAUGUCCUUGACCCAUCCCAGCGUCUGUCAUGCCAGGAAUACGCCGAUCUGAAAAGCGUAGGCGAGAGCGAUGAUGUCAUCCUUAUCGACACCCGACCCCCAAUUGAGUUCGAGAUUUGUGCGCUGCCAGACGCAAUAAGCUUCAUGCUGAACUCGCCUUCACUCUCCGUAAGAACCACAUCACAAAGUCCUCCCGGAGACGAGGGCCUCCUUCUUCCUACAGUCUUCCCAAUCGCACCCACGCUUGCAGCCCCACUAGCAUUAGUCCUUCCCGCUGCGUUCGCACCAGUCAGUCCGCCAUUUAGGAACGUGUGCUUUUCCGAGAUAGGCUUCCAGUUGCUAGACGCUGGCCCAGGCGCUUCCAGAGUACCAAAUACCAACGACGGUGCUAUGACAUGA